AAGGCUGAAGUCUCUCACGAGGCUACCUAAGGUUACUGCGUAGAACUGCUUUAGAUAAAUUUCACUCCAUAUCAUUUCAUGACACUACAAUACCUACCACUGCAAUACCUAGAAUCGACAUUGGAAUUUCCAUACGGCCAUUAUUUUUCUUUGACUUGAUCCAAACGCAUUAUUGUACUUUUGCUGAAAAGGCAAACAUCCCUCCCCCCACAUUCUACAACACAUACCCCGCUAUCUUCUCUCACUCAUUAAUUUUCGAUCACUCUUCCAAAGAUACAUUUCUGUAUACAUUGCAAGAUGACCCCUUCCACUAUAGAGCAUUAUUCCUACCGCGAGCCCUCACGACCCAUCUCCCGCGGUUCAUUCAUCUUGAUCGAAGGACUCGACCGGGCUGGAAAAACGACACAAGUGGGGAAGUUAUGCGAUAGACUAUAUGCUUCUGGACGAAAUGUUAAGCUGAUGCGAUUUCCCGGUAUUUACUAUCUCAUUACUACACAUUUUGUAUUCAAUUACUGGAUAACGCCUUCCUGAUCAAAGGCAAAAACUUCAAGCUCACAGAUCAAGACAGAACAACCUCAAUCGGUCAACAGAUAAAUUCCUAUCUACAAUCUUCUACUAUUCUGCCAGAUCAGGCAAUACACCUUCUCUUCUCGGCGAAUCGAUGGGAAAAAGCCCAGGAAAUUCAUCAACUUAUUGCACAAGGGUACACAAUUGUUUGCGAUCGUUAUUACUACUCCGGAAUGAUUUAUACUUCUUCGAAGUAUCCGAUUGAUUCUCCAAACCACCUUUCCCUCGAAUGGUGCAAGAACCCUGAAAUAGGAUUACCCAUGCCCGAUAAAAUGAUAUUCUUGGAUUUAGAGCCCGAGGAAGCAGAAAAACGAGGAGGGUAUGGGGAUGAGAAGUACGAAACGAGGGAGAUGCAGAGGAGAGUUAGGGAUGGAUUUUUGAGGUUGCAGGACACGGCUAUCACAGGCCUUGAGCAUGAGCGUAGUUUAAUGAAGGCCAUCAAUGCGGGAGGUGGUGUGGAAGAAGUCGCGGAGAAGAUAUGGGAUACUGUUGUGACUCUGGUAGAACAAAUAGAAAAAGGGGAACUUGGAGAUUUAGCUGUAGUGCGAUGAUGAUAAACAAAAGCAGAGGAACCAAAUAGGAACGGAGCAGCAAAUUUACAUUGAGAACAAUGGCUAUAUGUGGUAAGAACC